GUUGGCCAUCCUGAUACGCAGGCGGAUUGUGAAUUCCAGUCAUACGAUCUGUCAUCAUCCUUCGUACAAUGCGAAAAGGGAAGUUGAAAGAACUGGGAGAGCGAGACCGCAGAGCCUUAUGAAAUCUAACGUUACAGCAGCUGGUUGGAUACUCGACACACUGUGAACGUACGUUGAAGUACUGCAAAUACUGUCCUGGAGAUACCUUUAACAUUAACUACGCUCCUGUUUUUGAUAGGUGUUUUUCUACAGUUUUUCACAUCCCGGGGACGAGACCAGACAGUGUGACAUGGCAAGUAGAGGCGGAGCCACGCGACCCAAUGGGCCAAACGCAGGCAACAAGAUUUGCCAGUUCAAACUGGUGCUUUUAGGAGAGUCCGCGGUGGGAAAGUCCAGUCUUGUACUUCGUUUCGUUAAGGGUCAGUUUCAUGAAUUCCAAGAGAGCACAAUCGGAGCUGCCUUCCUGACUCAGACGGUAUGUUUGGACGACACAACAGUCAAGUUUGAGAUCUGGGACACGGCCGGUCAGGAGCGCUACCACAGUCUGGCUCCCAUGUAUUACAGAGGUGCACAGGCAGCCAUCGUGGUCUAUGAUAUUACAAAUGAGGAGUCAUUUGUACGGGCAAAGAAUUGGGUUAAAGAGCUUCAGAGACAAGCCAGUCCAAAUAUCGUAAUAGCCCUGGCUGGGAACAAGGCUGAUCUCGCAAACAAGAGAGCACUGGACUUCCAGGAUGCACAGUCAUACGCAGAUGACAACAGCUUGCUUUUCAUGGAAACAUCAGCAAAGACCUCUAUGAACGUGAAUGAGAUUUUCAUGGCCAUUGCAAAGAAACUACCCAAGAAUGAGCCUCAAGCGACCGGAGCCAGCACCGGACGGAAUCGGGGAGUGGACCUGACAGAGACGGCUCAGCCCACCAGCCGCCCCUGCUGCGCUAACUAACCCAGCUCUUCCUGCUCAUGCUCCCCACACAAAUGCCCUCUCCUCCUUCUGGCUCCUCCCCUCCUUCUCACCUGAACAACAUCUGGACAUCGGGCUUCUUGGCUUUCUGACGUCAGACCUGACUUCAACCUCACUCCCCUGGAAUAGCUAAAAGACUCUGUAUAGCUGCAUUUCUAAUACUUUAUUUUUUUUUUUUUUUGAUGUUCUCCUUUUUUUUGUGUUUUUUUUUUUUUUUUAAACUUUUUUUAAGAAGUGUAUAUCAGUAUAAUGGAUGCAUGUAUCACUACAACGCCUAAAGGAAAAAAAAAAAGACAAAAAAGACAAAAAAAGAAAAACACAUUUUUAUCUCUUAUUCACUUGGAAGACUAACCCCGGUUAAGAAAGAUGAGUGAGCGAAAAAUCCGUGAGCGUGUGAUCAUGUUUUGCAUGAGUUUCUGAUGAGAAGGUGUUGCCUCAUUUGCCACUUGGCAGGGUCGGCUGCUUGUUGCCCAUUUGUGUGUGUGUGUGUGUGUGCGUGUGCGUGUGUGUGUGCGUGUGUUAAUCUUUUUUUUUGUUCGGGUUUUUUUUUUUUUUUUUUUUUUUUUUUUUUUUUUUUUUGCUCACUAUUUGGAAAAAAAAAAAAUUGUCCCCAUCUUGAGAUGCCUGGAUUCUCAGACUCUUUGUUGUGAGCCACUUGGGUGUCUCAGUGGUGCCAGGAAAUGAUUAUCGUGCAAACCAACAACCCUUCCCUCCCUCUUCACAUCUGUUACACAAGAAGAUGCAUCCCUCCAAGACUUCAUUUAGGGGAGACUGUGGAAAAUAAAUAUGGGUACUGUUUGGUGUUUGAAUAAAUUCUAGCAUGAAGAAGAAGAAGAAGGAAAAAAAAGAAAAAAAAGAAACGGUCUUUAUACACAUGUGACUCCUCAGUAUGUGCAGCCAUGUAUAGAGCAACGCUUGUCAGAUUUCUGUACAUCGUACCCAACAACAAGCCUUCGUGGUGCCGAAAAUGUGGAGUUUGAACAAAGAGGACUUGAAAAUUUGACCUAAAGAAGGCUCUUAUGUUGUCAUCACAGUGUCAUAGUAAAAAAUUGGAGUGACGUAGAGAGAGAAAUCAACAGGAAACUGUAAGAGUGCCGAACAUCCUGUUUUGUGUUUUGCAAAGACUUGAACGUAUGACUAGUGAUAUGUUUAAACUUUCAGCUUAGCUAAUCUGCUCUGUUUCCAUUCAGGCCAGUAGUCAACCUGCAUCAGUUUGGGUAAUGUAGAUGAAAGGAGGGGCGUGGUUUUAAAAUUUCAGACCGCAUACAAACAGAAAAUUGGACUAUCACCCCAUGUCACGAGUCUGUGGUGGGGGGGGGUAAACGAAAAACUCUAAUGUUGUUAUAGGGUGCAAUGUCGCAAUGUUGUCUUCUUCCUUUAGUACAGCUUGCAGAGCUCGCGAGCUCACCAGGAAAUUUAUCUAGAGAUUCCGAACAAUUGUACAGUUCAUUAUAGGUCUGCAUUUUUUUCUUUUUACUUUUAUUUCCAUUCUAGACCUUGUCACAAACUGGUCAAAUGUUAAGCAGUGGUGGUCUUUUUAGGUAUAUGUAGUGUUAUUAACAAAAUCCCUCUCUGGUGUCUUGUUACUUUUCUCAGAAAUGGUUCAUGGUCGUGUUUGAAAGGAACUUUUAUUGCAUUGCACAGUGUUGAUCAUGUUUUAAUUAUUGAUGACUGCCCUUCGAUUUUAUAUGAUGGACUGUAUUGGACUUGCUAACCUUAUGGCUAUAAGGAAGUAGCAUAAUUAACCUAACUGGUGGUCUCUCUUACAGCUCAAUGAAUUUUAAUGAUGUAAAAACAGCAUUACUAGUGAUGGGCUGAUCAGUUUUGAGUGUCUGAAUACAACUUAAUAAAUCCAAUAAAGAGGUCUGUUGUACAGCUUUUUGCUCUGAACAUGUUGUGAUAUGAGGAGCAGUCUGACACUGCAUGUCAGGCCCAUAUCCUCGUGAGUAUAUGAUGCAAAAUGUCCAUUUUGGCCACAUCUCAAAUGGAGUCAUAAGGAAUCUCAACAAAAAUGACUGGAUCUAUAUAAAAUACUUAAUAACUCAUAACGUUCUGUGUAAUCCUAGUAAACAGGCAAAUCAGACCAAUCACAAUAACCUCUUUGGCCUAGCUUAGCUUGAUGUCAAACAGAACUGACACUGGAUUGGAGGGAUUCAGAGAUUUGGAGUCUUACUGGGUUUGCUUGAGUUGCUCCUUGGAUUUGUGUACAUGUACCUGACUUACUGGUUUUUGCAUACAAGCCAAAGCAAGAUGCUAUCACUUUGGCUUAUGCUCAUCUCCUGCAGUCCAAAGACAUGCAUGCCAUGUAAUUGGUGGUGUGAAAUUGCCUGUAGGGAUGUGAAAGUGUUUAUUGUCGUCAUUUUUCUCUCUGUGAUGGACUGGAAACUUCACCCCCUCACCAAAGGUCCUAUUACACCCCUCCCAUUGUAGAAGAGUUUGUUAAGGUUUGAAAUCAUUAUGCGUAUAAUUACCAGGUAAUUGUUUUCUAGCAUGCCAAAAGAACUAAACACAAACUGUCAAGAUUAAAAUGAUGGGUAGAAUAUCAACUUUGCAGGUAAUUUUGUGAAAUUAAGAUACUGAAUGCUGGAUGUUAUGGAGACACAAAUGUGUGAUGUGUCAGAAGACCUGACCAGUGUUCUGCAUUAUCUAAACCAUUUAAAGUCCACACCUCUGUGGCAAAAGCAUUUGACUCCUUGUUUGCAUAUGCCGUCAGCUUUGUUUGGUUUUUGUAGUACAACAUGCAUAUGUGUACAAAUAUAUAAAUCUAUAUAAACAUUACUGAUACUGA